AAAAUCCCCCUAUAAAUUACGCCCCUUUUCCAAUUUCUCUCUCUGCAAAACCGCUUAAAGCAUAUUAAAAAACCACUCUCAGCACUGCAAAACCGCUUUCAAGAUCAUCAUCCUUCUCAAUGGAAGACGAGAAAAGCGGUUUUGCAGAUGCCGUUUUGACUCCUCCUCUCUCUCUGGAUGGUGUUUUUGGCGUCGAAUGCAAGGCGCCAGGAAUGCUCUCUCGGAUUCUCAGCCUUUUCAAAACUGUGCGGCCAGGAUCUGAUCUUACACGCUUCCAGCUUCCACCUUUGUUCAAUAUGCCAAAGUCACAACUCCAGUGCGUUGGGGAAUCUGUGUAUUGUAUAUCAGAUGAUAUGUUGAGAAGAUGUGUAGAGGGAAAUAAUUCAAUGGAGAGGUUCAAAGCAGUAGUGGCAUGGAGUAUUUCUCUCAUUAGACCAACACCUUUUGGGUUGGUUCCAUUUAAUCCCAUUUUGGGAGAGACCCAUCAUGUUUCCAAGGGGAAUCUUAAUGUCCUAUUAGAACAGGUAUCUCAUCAUCCUCCAGUUACUGCACUCCAUGCUACGGAUGUGAAAGAAAGUAUUGAACUGCUUUGGUGCCACAACACUGUGCCCAAGUUCACUGGCACAUCUGUUGAAGCAUUUGUGAAUGGGAAAAGGCAUUUAAAACUGUUAAAAUUUAAUGAGAAUUAUGAGAUGAAUGCUCCAAACCUCCUCAUUACACUAUUCCCACUGCCAGGAGUCGAUUGGGUUGGAGACGUUUACAUCCAUUGCAAAGAAUCCGGCUUAGCUGCAAGCGUGUCUGUAGGUGGCUGGUCAGUCUUUGGGUUCAAAAGAAAUUCAAGGGGUGUCAGGGGAAAAAUCUAUUAUGAACCGGGUGGACAACCGAUCUACGAGUUUGAAGGUCGCUGGGACAAGCAAGCGACCCAACGAUCUUGUUGCAGGGCGGUGACGAUAAAGGAAAUUGGCACCGGGAAAAUGACGACUUUGUACAAUGCGAAGGAAGCCAUUUUUAAGCUGAAGACACCGGCCCUUCAGGAUCCAAAGGGCGUGGCUAAAACUGAAUCAGCUUUGGUCUGGUCCCAUCUGAUGAAAGCAAUAACGAAUAAAGAAUGGGACAACGCAAGGGACGCGAAAAAGGCAAUAGAGGAAAAGGAGAGGUCAAUAAGGAGAGAGAGGAUGAAGAAGGGGACUGUUUGGGUACCUAAAUAUUUCCAUUUAGUGAAAACUGAAGAUAACGCCUUCGAAGUUUUACCUAGACAAUCUCAAGUGCCCCCUGCCCCAAUUAUUGCUUCUUAGGAAGUGGUUCAUAUUUCUUGUAGUUUUUUUCUUUCUUAUUUUUUAUUUAUUUAAAUCAGAUAACAUUGCAAACUAUGAAUAGCGAAAUAUAGUGAAAUAUAGUUGUGCUUUGUCAA